AUGUCUUGGGAAGUGGUGGGUGGUGGGGACAAAGGCGGCAUCCUGGUCCGCAGUGGCCAAGGAACCAGCAGCGAGCAGCUCCCAGAGAGGCUCAGCACAGGUGCGCGGGUGGAGGAGCUGGAGCUCGUGGGUGAGCGACUUCACUACAAGCUCAUUUCGGGGACCGGCCCUGCAACAGGCUGGGUGAGCACCUCCCUCAAAGAUAAGCCCUUGCUGCAGCGCCUUGGGGAGACCAAAGAUGCCAAGGAACCGUCCAAAGAUGCCGGUGAUCUUCGCGAAGGUGACUACUACGUGACAUUGGGUGUUCUCUUCAAGAAGCUUGGCACGGACCCUGAGAAGGCAUCCAUCACUAAGCUCAAGCGCAGUGUGGGCUCUGUGGUGCACACCACGGGAAAGGUGUGGAGGGGGUCUGGCGGUGGGUACUGGGUUGAGUUGGAUGUGGGCUCAGGUGACUCAGGUGCUGGAGAGAAAGCCGGUUAUGUCAUGAUUGAUGCCAGCGGAUUUGGAACUCCAGGCCCUUGCUUGCAGAUUGCCGCGAAAGCAGAUGGCCCUCCAAUCCUUCUGAAGUCGAAGCCCCGGUCUGAGGUCAAAGCCUGGGAUGAUGGCAGCGUUGAAAAGGAUUUCUUGGUCCUGCAGAAGACCACGGUGGGCGAGGUGCGGGUGAUCCUAGGCAUGUUGUUCAAAAUCGCCAAGCCGGAGAGCAUCACCGUCUUUGGAAAGGAUGGCAGCGAGCUGGCGCCAGAGACCAGUGUGAAGGAGGCCGGUUUCCAGAGCGGAGAUCAAUGCGCUUUCGAGCACGCAGAAGGCAAGCCCAUGAAGCUCGUCGUCAUGAGUCCACUGGAACAGGGCGUGAAGCUCACAGACCUUGACAUCAAAAGCGACUGGACGGUAGGACAGGUGCGCAAGCUCCUUUGCAGCAUCACCGGCUUGAAGGAGUCGAGCAUGCUAAUGGCUCGGGGGAAGAUGGGCGAGCGGGUUGGUGAGGAUGCUCAACUGAACUUGUCUCACCUCGUCGUCGAUUGCGGCUACAAGGAAGGGGAUGAGAUAGGUUUCAUCUACAUGGGUGAUACCGAGGGCGAUCUAAAGGCUUUCCUUGCCAAGCGGUAG